UCAACGCGAGCCAGGUGAUGCGGAGAUAAAAGAGAAUGGGAGUCGUGUCGUAAAAACGAACGCAGGAAGGACGAGACGAAAGAGAGAACGGAAAAGUGGAUUGAUGAAAAGAGAGGAACUUGGUUAAAAGUAUCAAGUGGGAUCGAAGAGAGACGCGACACGAAAGACGAUCGGGACGAGAGUGAAGAUUACGCAUUGUGUGCGCGAAACGGAAAGAUAUAUGUAUAUAUCUUAUACCGUGGAGUGUGGAUACACACAUAUACGCACACCAAUGCUCAAGACCGUAUGAUGGCCGAGGUUUUGUCCGAGAAUGUCCCGAGGGCUGUGAGCGUCGUCGCCGUCGACAUCGCUGCUGUGGAUAACGUCAGGAGCGACGUGAACAGAACACAGGAAACGACACGGGACAAUGUACGGUCUUUCACUUCGACGGAAGCGCAGACGGAGCUGGCGCUUCACGGUGGACCAGAAGCGAGUCAGAGCGAGGAGGUUCCCAAUGGCAUCCGAGACGCUCGUAGGCGAGAACGACGGUUACGAAGGCAACAUCGUCGUGCCCUGAGAUCCUGUUCCAUACCGACAACGUAUCCCGGAACCGCGCCAGGCUGUCAGACAGUCUCGACCGCGCUGGGAGUGCCGUUGGUGCCACCCCCUAGAGGUUUCCUUCAUCCUCCUCCCCCACACUUGGGUCUCAGAGGUCUCAGCCUCGGCCUACCCUUCCCUGUACCCGCCAGCGUUUCUGCCUUCGGCAGAGAUGCAGUUCCGAAACAGUGCUGCGGCUUAAGUUCCCCGCCUGUACGCUGGUCCAUAUUGGGUGUUGGUUUCGUGGGUCUAGUUUGCGCCGGUGCUGGCACUCUCCUAGGCGCUCUCAAAGCUUCCGGUCGUGAUCAUCUCGUGGGAAUAUUCAUGUCCGGUAUAGGAGUGCUUCUGGUAUUGGUGAGUGCAGUAGCAUGGCGAUUGACCAACCAAGACUACUGUGGCAGCUUCUUUGGUUUCACAGGCAUUUCCGGUAGGAUACCCCCUAUGAGACCGAUACAUCCGUAUGCCGCUAUGCUUUAUCCGGAAUUCCAGUUUAGAACCCCACCACCGAGUUAUCAGGCUAGUAUGCAAGAAUAUAGACUUCGGCUGUUGUUGUUGGACCGACUGCAACCUACAACGUCGCCGCCACCGACCUACAGAUCGAACGCAGGAAGUAUCGCGGCUCCUGCUACAACGAGGGAGAGUCGACCACCGAGUUAUUGCGCUGAAACGAAUGUCACACCGAAUGCCACUCUAGUACCCUCGAAAAAGGACGCGAAUCUCGUUAGAAUUGUUCAAACUGAAUCCGAGCCAGUUAUUCUCAGCGGUGAUCAAACACCACCCAUAACUGCUGUCGAAGUACUGGCGCAUCUUUAGAUUCCGAGCGAGGAAUAUCACAUAGUAUAUCACACGUUUGGCCAUUUUUACAAAGUCUAAAGCGAUUGUGAUCAUGCAUCUGGAAGAUGAUGUAAUUGUGUAAAUUAAUUAUGGUCGUGAAAAAAGAUGAAAAUACUUUAGACGCCAUGUAUGCCUUCACACCUCAACUUCCAUGUCGAAUGCAUCAUAUGUAGAUAUUCAUUCAUCAUGACACAAAUCUGUGUGCAAUUGGAUACUUGAUGUUUGUAUAUAUAGGCCUAUAUGUGUAAAACGAAGAAAUUCAUACUAUAAUUUUUAAUUAAGGAUAAUUAUAUUUAUUUUAUAUAUAUACACAUACACAUACAUACAUAUAUAUUACAUUUACAUAUAUCUGCAUAUGUGUAUAUAUACAGAUAAACAUACUUUUAUAUAUAUAAAAG